GAACCCUCACGAACACGUACGGGCUCAGACGCAUUCUCGGCACUCCGAGAACAGCGGGCGCAUAUUCGAGAGUUAGGAGAGUUUCAUUCGCUUGAGAUUUCGCAACGGGCACAUCCGUGGAGCAUCGCGGAUUACCCUGAGGCUUGAUCGGAUCGUCGAUCGGUGAUCCAGCAUCAUCGCGCAACGUUUCGAAGACGUGUAAGACGCGAAAGACUCGAUCUCUCACUGGGACUGAGUUAUCCCUUGUUUUGUGACCAGUGAUAAGUACGACUGAUACGCCGAGAGUGUGAUCAUCAUGUCACCGCAUACGAGUUACACACCUGUCAGCGGUAUGGAAUACGAGGAGCCAGUGUCGCGCACCUAUCAGUACCGCAAGGUGAUGAAGCCGAUGCUGGAGCGCAAGCGACGCGCCCGCAUCAAUCGCUGCCUGGACGAGCUGAAGGAUCUGAUGGUGACCGCCUUGCAGGCCGAGGGCGAGAACGUGGCGAAGCUGGAGAAGGCGGACAUCCUCGAGCUCACGGUACGUCAUCUUCACACGUUACGCGCCGCCAGGAGGCUCACGCUCACUCCGGAGAACAGCUACGCCGAUCGAUUCCGCGACGGUUUCACCCAGUGCGCCCAGGAAGUGUCGACGUUCCUGUCGACGCCGGUCGCCGCGGCGGUGCAUCCUGCCGCCGGUGCCCAGCUUAUGCGACACCUCGGCGGUUGCCUUCGACGACUCGAGGGCCCGGCCGGCACCAAGCACGUGCUCGCUACGGCGGCGACAUCGGCGACGAAGACGACCCAGGCCAGCCAGACAAGCGUGCCCCAGAACGUGUACACUCCUCCUCAGAGUCCUGUCAGUGUCGCGAGCUCUUCCGGGGAAUCCUCCGAGUCCUCAAACGCAGUCUGGAGACCCUGGUGAUGAGGACCAGCGAUGAUGGGAACAUGUUCCGAGACAUCCGGAGACGGACGAUUCUCGCGAUGAGGAGCUUCCCUCCCGCCAACGCAAGGAGGAAAACGACGAAAUACUGUCUUCCAAACAUAGACAUUUUUAAUCUCGUUGAAAAUAUCGAGAAUUUUAUAUUAACUUCGCAAUGGGGUUUAAUCUAUCGCAUUGUACAUAGGUGAUACAGCUUUAAGUGAAGUCUGUGAUAGGGUUCCAUUUUGUACCUGAGAUGACUAUUUUCUCAUAAAGAGCAUAGCGACUAUUGUAUAGAUGUUAACUUGUUAUGUUUAAGAAUCUCUUUUUUCGACGUAAUGACGUUUGGCAUCUCUGUUGCAGCCCGAUCAUUAAUAAACGUCUUGUUUCAAUGAUAAAUAAUGUUGAAAUAAUCACCACAAUCACAUAUUUAUGUAUCCUUCUGUCCUUUAUUAAUCUUCUCGCAAUGACGAAUCCAUAUCAAAACAAUACCGCUAUAAGACACUCAGCAAAAUAUUAUUUUAUUUUAACAUAUAUAAUUUUUCAUAUAUCACGUAAAUCAAUAUAUAUUUAUACAAAUUAUAUAUAUUGUAAUUCAAGUAAAAAAUAUUAUUAAAGUUUAUUUAAUGAUUUAAUGAGAGCGAGAUGAAUAAUUUCAAUGUCUGCAUACGCAGCGAAAAUUUUAGAUGAGCUACUACAAUAAUAAAUCUUUGCAAUCUUUGUAAUAAAAAGAUUAAUAAGUACGAUAAAAACUAA